UGUGUAUAAAAACCCUGACCAGCUGGAGCUGAUCACUGCAUUCAGCAACAACCAACUACAGGCAACAUGAGUCUCAAUGCUAAGGACAAAGAGGUGAUCAACAACUUCUGGAAGAAGGCGUCUACCAGGGCGGAUGAAAUCGGUGCCGAAGCUCUGGGCAGGAUGCUGACGGUCUACCCACAGACCAAAACCUACUUUGCCCACUGGAAGGACCCGAGCCCCGGCUCUGAGGCCGUGAAGAAGCACGGAAAGAUCGUUAUGAAUGGAGUUGCAAAGGCAGUGAACAACAUUGAUAAUCUGACUUGCAGUCUUCUUGCCCUCAGUGAGCUGCAUGCCUUCAAACUUCGAGUGGAUCCUGCUAACUUCAAGAUUCUUGGUCAAUGCAUCCUGGUGGUCUUCAACUCCAUGUUCCCUGGGGACUUCACUCCAGAGGUCCAUGUGUCUUUUGACAAGUUCAUGGCUGCUGUGGGUCUUGCCCUGUCUGAGAAAUACAGAUAAACAAUACCCAGUGAGAACCAAUAACAGGAACGCUCCCUGUCACCUUCAAUAUGAAGAAUAAAUGAUCAGAUUAAAACAAAAU